AUGGCGACUAUUGCACCUCCCCCGAGUCCUACGCUAUCGGACCUGCCUCUCGAACAACUUAGCCUUUACCAUGUUAUCGACUCGUGUUUAUCAUCCAUCCUCGUGUUCUACGGCGCUGUCUCCACGGCCAAUGCGACUGUCAGCAGCUCGCGCAUUCAAGCCCAUAUCUUCACAACGGCCGGCUUUCAAAGUUAUCCUCGAAUAACAGUCUCUCCCGCUGCUCCCGUGUAUGCGGCGGUCAACCACCUACCCCGCGACAAACAAGGUGACGAGGUCUGUCGCGGACUGGCAGUGAGCAUGUUGAGAUACUUUGCCGAGCUGUCUGAGCCGGUCAAGCACCGUUUGACGGGGGUGGCUCGUGCAGGUCGGCCCGGAAAGCCCCCAAAGAUGUUUGAUGAAAUGCACGCGGCAGAUUUGGCCAACCGGAUGGUCAAAGUGGAUGAUCCAACGGAGAUCAUUCGAGAUAUUCGGAGCGCAUAUCAAGAACGCAAAGUUCCAUGGAUUGAUAUCGAUGUUGUUCUCCCUGCGGACACUAUACAACCAUCCAAGCGACGCGAGAGCGCGGGAUCUGACGUGGAAGCUAGCCAAGACCCACAGUACGGACCAUACACACCACUCAUCGAGGCGCUGGGGGAUCCUAUGUUCUUGCCAACAUCUCGACUGAAGCGGGCGCCUUCUCAACCGACCAAUGUCAGCAAAUCGCGGACUUUUGCGAGAACCCAGAAAGAGGCUCUCCGUUUAACAAUGUGUGAGCUUGUUGAUACCGAGGAGCGAUACGUUGCGAAGCUGUAUUCCCUUGUCCAUGAGGUUGCGGACGAAUUCCGCCAAAAGGCCCAUGAGAGGCGGCCAUCAAGCACCAGCCCCUCCGAGGAAGCUUUGGCAGCAUUGUUCCCACCGUGUUUGAAUGACAUUCUGAGUAUCAACCUUGGCUUUCUUGAUGUCAUUCGACAGGUCCUGGAUGAAACAGAGAAAGAUGCCAUUACAGAUAUUGGCCAUGACACGGAGCUUCCUUCUACGCGAGGACGCUCAAGGGACACCAAAGAUGCGCUCGGAGCCGUGGCAUUUGCCAAGGCCCUCCUCGAAUGGCUUCCUCGAUUUUCAGAGCCAUACAAAGAUUACAUGCGCGCGCACACCGGGUUUACCCAGACUUUGAAUUCGUUCAUGAAGGAUAGGGAUUCCAGCUUUUCGAGAAGAGUAUACGAAACCGGAGAGCAGAGAUUGCGAUCUUUGCUGAUGGAGCCCGUUCAACGACUUCCUCGGUACAGUCUUCUAAUCGACACCAUGACAGGCAGUCUGCCCUUGGUUCAUCCGGCUGUGCGAACUCUGUUGAAAGCGCGAGACAUUGUGAAGGACAUUUGUGCAUUGGAUAAUGAUUCCCCAUCCAGCCAUGCACAAGGCCUAGAACGAUUGAGAGAGCUUGUUACUGGAUGGCCUGUCAAGACUUUCCCCGAAGGUCGCUUGAUUACCGCUGUCGAUUUCAACGAGAUUACCCCUCCAUACAACCUGGAUACCCAGUCAUCCGGCCCUAAUGCAGGGAUCUUGCUUCUCUACAAAAAUUGUCUAGUUCUUCUGGCAAAGCCUGCUGAAAGCAAAGCUACCGCCCGUGCGUUGUUGGCUGAUAUUGACAAUGCAGCCUCGCCUACCGCUGAUAUGUCCAUGUCUUUACCUCAAUCGGAACUCCAAGUUGCAAAAGUAUUGGAAUUCCACAAGGUUCGAUGUAUGCAAUCCACCUGUGGCCGAAUGCUGUUUGUUUUGCCAAUCGCAAGCAACACCAUACCGGCCGACAUAAACACACCAUCGGACUUGCUUGCAUUGGAGUUGACAGCCAUGUACGAAGGAAGAGCCAAUCGCUUGAUUGAGGAAAUUUCAAAGGCGAAGAUUGAAGGCCGAUUCCCAGAAAGCGAACGAGAAGGAGGAAAGUGGUCCUUACGGAGCCCUACUGGUUUGGCCAGUAAUGUCGGUAUUUUGGCCUGCGUGUGUGAGUAUGGCCAAAGUCCCACGUUGAGCCAGGAUUACUCGUCCCAAAUCCGAGUUGUAUUUGAUACCUCCAAGGCUGCCUGUGGACAAAUCUUGAAAAGCACUAAUCUGGAGGUUGUCAUAUCGAUAUCUCCUCCAAAUGGAGACCAAUAUAGAUUGGACAUCGAGACUGUGGUUGGCUCUGGAUCUACCGAUCUGAUCACAGUGGACACCUUUGUCCCCACUCUCUCACGACGCCUUCAAUAUCUUUUGUCGCCUUUACACAGCCCUCGAAACCCGGUAUUGACGGAGCCACUGGUUCAUUCCAAUUUUGAAACCCUUCGGUAUAUCGCCAGUAGCUUGAUCACACAAGUCAAGUCUUCGCGAGGAUUCCGACCACCUUCGCCAACCAAACUGAUUUCCAACCUUUUGGGGGGUAGUCGUGAUAAUGUCCCAACACUAAAAGGACCCAGUUCAGCAACUUUGACCGGCGAAUUUCCGAAAAUGCCUCCACCAAGAGGCACUUUGUCACGAUCAAACACGUUGCCUUCGUCACUUCCCGGAAAAGAAAAAGAAAAAGAGAAGGACAAGGACAAGGAAAAAGAGGAAAGUACUAGUAAAAUCUCGGUUGUUGGCGCUUCCGAUUCUCGGGGAUUGGAUGCCCAGUUCAGCUUGCUGGAACAAACCUUUGCAGCUUAUAUCCUCUCUCUGCAGUCUCGAAGUGGAAACAUCCUGGGCCGAAUGCUUCGUGCCAGAGAUAAUGCCGACCGGGCACCGGUCAAUGAGCUCUACAACAUUUUGCUCGAAGACCCAAGCAAGAUUCAGGCUGCCGCCGAAGUGCCUGUUGAUACGUUGUUUGUUGCAUUUGAAACCUUCUUGGCGAACGCAUGGAAAAGAAGCAUGGGUCCCGUUCUGAGCUCUUCUUCUUUGAAAUGGAUCCAGAGCCAGUUUGACACCAUGAUCCCGCGCGACUUUGACGAGCAAUUCCGCAGAUUCCUUUCGGAAAUGAGUCCGCAGAACAGACGAGCGCUGGCUGCAAUCAUUCGGCUGCUUGCUGAGCUGCUCGAUGCAUCAGGGAAUGAUGGGGAUCGCGGUGCCCUGACCAUGGCGUUUGCUGAGGUAAUAACAGAAGACGGAGAUCCUAUCCAUCACGUUUCUCUUUUGGAUCGACUGGUCGAUGACUUUGACAACCUCUUCGAAGAUUUCAUCCCCGGUGGCACUUCAGUGGAAGGAACGCUAACCGUCAAUCAAUCGAAGACCUCACAUGGCAAUACCGGAUCUGUUGGCUCUAAUUCUUCUUCUUUUCGCAAACGAUUCGGCUUUUUGCACAAGGACAAUUCAAAGAGCGAGAAGAGUGAAAAAGGUGAAGGAGAAAGCAAAGUUGCUUCAAUUCUACGGACAUUGAGCAAGAAACAAAGCCCAGCUGGCUCAGAGCCCAACACCCCGAAAGGCUCCCUGAUACGAUCCAAGUCGACCGAUGUGGACGCCCGGUUGGGAUUCCUUCGGCCUACAUCCCGCGAUCGCCCCUACGGCUUUGCAUCUGAAGAAACUAUCUCAAGACCAGGCACUGGCUACGAAAAGCCUCCAUCUUUGUCCUCUGUCCGAGGAAUAUCUGAUGAUGGCGUGCCCAGAGUUCGUAGGAAACGCAGGAGCUCACUGUCGGACCUGAGACCAAAUACGGCAUCCUCAGAUUCAUCCAACAUCUCUCCCACUCAGCAACUUCGUCCGGUAACACCCUCUAGCCGCCCACGAGGAGAGGUUAUUACACCCACCAGACAGCCCAGGCCUCAGAGCAGCUAUAUUCCAGCAUCGCCUGCGCGUGGCAAGUCACCGGCGAAAUCGGGUUCACCAGUACGAUUAGGAUCACCCAUUCGCAGAAUGUCUCCCAAUCGACCUUCUACACCCAGCCGGAAGGAGAACAUUGAUCCUAAGACGCCCUACACGGAGAGAACAUCCAAAUCCCGAGGCAGUGUUUCAGAAUCGCCUGCCGACGAAAAUAGACGAUCUCGUGCAUCUGGUAUUCCCCAACGGGCGCCAGGCCUUCGAGAGCGCCCGACGACCAACGGCUCCGAUAGCAGACGGCCACAGCCAUCGUCUUCUUCGCAGAAGCCGAAAAUACGGAUGCAGAGUCCACAAAAGCUACGCGAUCGUGUGCAGCAGGAAAAGAAGGACCAAUCAGCUACUCAUGCAGCCUUCAAAGAUGAGCUCACGGCACUUGGUGACGAGCUACGAUCGUUCACGUUUGCACCAACGAAACCGCUCGGUUUGGACUUCAGUAUGGACCGCACAAACAGCUGUCCAUCUUCUGAUAACAAUGCAGCUCUUGAAGCUCGCAUGCGCACCCUCGAGGCCCGGUUCGAUAUGCUUAGUGGAGAAUACAAUGGCCGCACAUCUGCUCUUGAAAAAGAUUUGGAGUCGUCUUUGAUUCUCAGCGAGCGACGCGUGAAGAAACUUGACGAGCUUUAUCGCGAAGCGAGCGCCGAAAACGAGGCGCUUUAUGAUCGAUUCAAUACAGAACUCAGCAAGAUUGCCAAGGACGUUCGAUCAGGAAACGGAGAGGACUCCUUGAAAUCCCAGCUGGCAAGUGCUCUAGACGAAAUCAACCGGGUUAAGAAGGAAAACUUCCGACUGAAACGAGAAGUUGGAGGCCUUCGCGCCCAGCAUGCCGCUGCUGCCCUGGUCAAGGCGAGCGAACAAUGA